AUGUUUCGCUUCACGGUUUGCUUCGCAGUCAUGGCCGCAUGUUUGUGCACGUCCGCGUGGGCUUCGGGUUACGGCGCUCCAGCGCCAUUAUAUGGUGCUGGUGCUGGUGCUGGUGGUAGUGGCAGUGGCACUUCAGGUGCCCAAGUCAUUUCACUACCCGCGAAUGUGGAAGCUCAGGCUGCCGCACUGACGAAUGCCGCUGGCGCCAAGGCAACCGCUGCCAAAAUCAACGCUCUCAAAUGGGAUCUGCUCAACUUGUACGGCUAUGAAAUUGGCUACCCAUUGUUGGUUAAGAAAUACGGACCUCUAUCCUCGUUGUAUUCGGCUUCGCUGCCCCCACGCAGUUUUGUUGGAAAAAUCGACCCUGCUUUCCUUAAAGAUUCCUAUGGCAAAAUCAAGUAUGUCGGCGAAAGUACGGUCGGUGUUGCGGCGAUCUAA